GUUUUUCAAGUUUGCAAGUGCAACUAGAAGGAACAAACGCGCCGGCUACGACUCCUUUGUUUCGCCAACUGAACAAUCUCGGGAGUCCCUAUAUUUGUUUCAAUCUUUCCCUUUUCCCUUUUAUGUUUCUGAUUUUCAAAUUCCCUCUGUUAUUUUCAAAGGUUUUUUUGGAAUCGUUUUAUUUCUAUUUUCAAACUGCUUCCGUAAUCUGAACGAAGCUCGAGUGUAGGGGUUUUAGUUUUCUAAUAUUUGUUAUUGAUGGCUGAUACGAGACGAAGUGACCACGUUUUCCCGUCGGAAGUGGGGAUUCUCGGAUUGAAUCGGAUCAAGACCCCGCGAGUUAUUUUGAAGGAACAACCGAGUUCAAAACCAGGCCGGUUGAACGAGUCGAGGACUUCGAAGCCUUUUUUAAAGCUCAAACAGAAGUCAGUCGCUCAUGCACAAAGCAAAACAUCAGAACAGAAAGGGAAGAAGAUAGCACAGUGGUUUUCAUCUUAUAUUUCAAGGAAUUCCACUCAAGGCUUCAGUAGUAAUACACAUAUUGAGGAUGGUACGUCAGAAGUUAAGUCACGUGACAAAGAAGAACCUGUGAGAACUAAACCUGGAAUAGAAAAUAAGUUCAAUGGAAAGCAAUCUUCAGCAGAGAGUGCGGGCUACAGCAUAAUGUCAAAAGGUCUAAAGAGUUUUUCACAUGAAUUAGGACCUAAGGGUGGUAUCCCAUCUUCCCAUCCUCGAGCUCACAGUUACAACGAUUUAAAGGAACUAUUUGGUUCAUUACAUUCAAGAUUUGAUGCUGCUAAAGAGGUGGUAGACACAGAGCUGGCUACUUUUUCUGCAGAUGUGAUGGAUGUUCUUCAGACCAUAGACUCCUCAUCUCUGGAGGGUCGCAAAACGGCAGAGGAUCUUCUCUAUCUUGCUCAACAAUGUGUUCAAAUGACCUCUUCCGAAUUUCGUGUGAAAUGUGAAACAAUAGUUCAAGAUUUGACAGAAAAAAGACAACAAUGUCAAACAGUAUUGGUGAAGUGGCUGUGCACACGUAUGCUCUUCAUUUUGACACGCUGUACAAGGGUUUUGCAGUUCCAGAAAGAGAAAGAACCGAUUGAUGAGAAUUCUAUUAUCAAAUUUAAGAAAUGUUUAGAAAGCAUUCCUGCUGUUGAAAUGAGUUGGGCUCUCACUUCUGAUAUUGCUGAUUCUUACUCAGCUAAUGCUAUGUAUCAGGGGGUUGAUGGUGAAAAAAAAUUGCAGGGACAAAGUGAGGUGUCUCUUUUCCCCAAGCCAGCUGUACAGAAGGAUAUAACUUCAGGAAAAGAUUCCUCUAUUCCUAAGAAAAUUUCAGCUACACAGGGAUCUCAACCUGAUUUUACUUCACACGAGCGACCAUUUUGUCAAGCUGAUGGCUAUUUUGUAGGAGAUUCAGUGAAAAUUUUCUGUUGUAGUUCAUUUCAUGAGCACAACCAUAGUUUUGAUGGUUCACUUAUGGAGCCUGAACAGGCACUAGAUGGAUUUGACUCAGCGAUCUGUAGGAUAUGUGAGGAAGCUGUUCCUAUUUCUCAUUUAGAGUCUCAUUCUUAUAUAUGUGCAUAUGCAGAUAAAUGUGCACUGAAUUGCAUAGAUGUAGAUGAACGCCUUGUAAAGCUUGCAGAAAUAUUGGAACAGAUUAUAGAGUCACGGAAUUUGAAUUCCAUUGGGAGCCCUGAGAAUUCAAGGAUGCAAAAUUUGAGCUCUGCAGUGACAUCUGAAGGUUAUUCUCCCAAGAUAAGUGAGUGGCGAAACAAGGGCGUUGAAGGAAUGUUUGAGGACAUACAUGAGAUGGACACUGCCAGUAUUGAGGAUUCUCAUUUGGUCUCUAUUGACUUUAAGGGUCAUCUGGGCAUGAGGCUUGGAAACUAUGGAGCAUCUUCCUCAACUGGGAGCAUGACAUCACUAUCAUCUAACAAUACUCCAAGAGGAAGUCACUUCGAUUCUUUCUGGUUGGAACGUAACAAUCCGUCUGAGCUAGAAGAUGUACAACAGAUGGUUGACCUUUCAGAUAUAGCCCGUUGUGUAGCAGGCACAGACUUGUCCAAAGAAGGGUCUCAUGAGUUCUUGCUUGCUUGCAUGCAAGAUUUGCAAGAUAUUUUACGGCAUAGUAAGCUUAAAGCUCUUGUAAUAGAUACUUUUGGAGGCCAGAUAGAGACCCUUCUGAGAGAAAAAUAUAUACUUGCAUGUGAAGCAGCAGAUAUAAAAAGUCCAACGAAGUGCUGUGAACAAAGAGAAAAUUCUAGACUUCUCUCAGAGAAUGCAUCUCAAAGUAGUACAGUGUCAACUCCUUUAAAUAUGUCUCACAAAGAGAGAACGAAAAUAGAUGAUUUUGAGAUCAUCAAACCCAUUAGCAGAGGUGCCUUUGGCAAAGUCUUUCUUGCACGCAAAAGGACAACGGGCGACCUAUUUGCAAUAAAGGUUCUCAAGAAAUUGGAUAUGAUACGUAAAAAUGAUAUUGAGCGUAUAUUAGCUGAACGAAAUAUACUAAUAGCAGUUCGAAACCCUUUUGUGGUUCGAUUUUUUUAUUCAUUCACCUGUAGAGAUAACCUCUAUUUGGUUAUGGAGUAUCUCAAUGGUGGUGAUCUAUACUCUUUACUCAGAAAAGUUGGAUGCCUUGACGAAGAAGUAGCUCGUACAUAUAUUGCAGAGCUGGUUCUUGCUUUAGAGUAUCUCCAUUCCCUUGGAAUUGUGCAUCGUGACUUGAAACCAGACAACAUAUUGAUUGCACACAAUGGUCACAUUAAGCUUACAGACUUUGGACUAUCAAAAAUUGGUCUCAUAAACAACACAAUUGAUUUAUCUGGUCCUGAAACAAAUGGAACCACUUCAUUAGAUGCUUGUAAUCUACAUAAGCAACAAUUGGAGGAUAGAAGUCGACACUCAGCUGUUGGGACACCUGACUACCUGGCUCCUGAAAUUCUUCUUGGCACUGAACAUGGUUAUGCUGCAGACUGGUGGUCAGUAGGGAUAAUCUUGUUUGAGUUGAUUACAGGAAUUCCACCUUUCACUGCUGAACGCCCUGAGAUAAUUUUUGACAACAUUCUGAACAGAAAAAUUCCAUGGCCAUCUGUUCCUAGUGAGAUGUCCUAUGAGGCUCAAGAUCUAAUUAAAAGGUUUCUUAUACAAGACCCCAAUCAGCGGUUAGGAGCAAAUGGAGCAACUGAGGUUAAAUUGCAUGCAUUUUUCGAUGGAGUUAACUGGGAUAAUCUUGCAUUGCAAAAGGCUGCCUUUGUACCACACCCUGACAGUGCAGAUGACACAAGCUAUUUUACAUCACGUUUUAGUCGAAUUUCGAGUGGAAUCCCAGAUGAGAAUGAAUGUAAUACUGAUAAUGGGACUUGUGACUCGGGAUCAGAUUCUGGACCCGAGAUGGAUGAAUUUGGUGACUUGGCGGAGUUUGAUCCCUCUCCUCUUAAUCUCUCGUUAAUAAAUUUCUCUUUUAAGAACUUGUCACAACUUGCAUCAAUAAAUCACGAUGUACUCGUACAAUCUGGGAAGGAUUCAGCCAAGUGCUCCCCAUCCAGAAGUUUAGGGCCAUAAUCUCAAUUCAUGGUUGAUUCAGGUACCAAAGGUAUCUUUCAUAAAUCCAUGUCUUUAAAGGUUUUUUCUUCUUCUUUAAUCAAAAUGAUGAAUGAAAGAAAGAAGGUUCAAAAGAUUGUAAUUAAGUAGGAGUUCCAUAGGAAGCUUUUAGAGUAGGUAAAAUUAAACGAGGACAAAAUUUACAUAAAGAUGAAGAGAAUCACCUUACCAUCAUUUCUACGAGCAGUGGUUUCAAUUUGUUGAUAAAUCUGGCGAUU